AUGUAUUCACUUCGAGCGGAUAAUUUUGAUUCUGUAUCACAAUAUUCUUUGUAUCCAGAUAAUGCGUCUCAAAUAGGUGAUGAUGAAUCAACUAUAGCUUUCGGUGGAAGUGGAUCAGAUCAGCACCAUACUGGCCCUGUGGAUAUUUGUGUAGUGGGUCAUAUUUCUCCUUCAGAUGAAAAUUUGCAGCUUUUAGAAAAUCAUUUUAAUUGUCGUCUUUUUUUUAGUGAACGAGGUUUAGAAUAUAGGGACAAUCAUGAUAUUAUUUUUUAUAUGAAUGAUUUUACGACUACAGAAUUUAAUUAUUUUUAUGCAGAUGGGAAACGUAUUAUGGGACCAGGAGUAGUGAAAUAUCAUAUUAGAACAAAUACUCAAAUUUCUUAUCCUAAACCAAAUCGUCCAAAGUAUGGCUAUACACUUCACAAAUUAAGAAUAUGUGUAAAAACAUUGAACAAGGGAGAAACUAGGCAAGCUGUUGAUUAUGUUCACUUUAUGGGAGGAAGUGCUAAAAGAUCGUAUGCUAUUAAUGAUAUUCUUAUUACUAAAGCUGCCAGAGGUACAGAUUAUCGUUUAGCUAUAUCGGUUGGGGGGACGAUAGUUGCACCUUCUUGGUUAAAAGCAUGUUGGGCAGAAAGAGAUAAUUUAAAUUUUGAUCCAUUAAAUAAAGAUUUUCUUAAUGAACAUAGUGUUCCAUGCUUUGCUGGACUUCGUAUUUUUUUAUAUGGAUUUAAGGAAGAAGAUACUCAUGCAAUGAUCAAGAAAAUAGAGCAAUAUGAAGGAAGUGUUGCAGAAACAUACAACGAAGCAACUCAUGCUGUUUUUAUUGAUAAUAAAGUAAAUUUUUCUACCCUCCCUUUUAUGGAAGAUGGUGCAUAUAAUAGUGAUAUAGCACAUGUAACAGCGGAAUGGUUUUGGACCUCAAUAUCUGUGAAAUGUUGUGCUCAUGAAGAAGCGUACUCAGCUAUACAUCGACCUUUAACACAAGGUAUAAUUUCAAUGUCAAAUAGAAAAAGAGUAGCACCUACUACUACUAAACUUUCUUUGUCUGAAGCAAAGAAAAAUGUCUCAAAAUCUUCAUUAGAUGGUACAUUUAACAAUUCUAGCUCCUCGGUUCUCUCAGAUAAAAUGUUUAGUGAAGAAGAUUUAACAAAUCCUAUUCCUGCUCCAGCAAAACAUGACAAACGCUUUUUGGUAUGUAAGGAACUAUUAGAAACAGAAGAAAAUUAUUGUAAAUGUUUAGAAACUAUGGAAGUUGAGUUUAAAAAAGCUCUAGAAGAUCAAAUUGCGUGUGGUAAUGAAUUAAUCUCUAAAAGUGAAAUUAGUCAAAUAUUUUCAAAAGUUCAUGCUAUUCUUUUAGUUCAUAGUGCUAUACUUAGCAAAUUACGUGCAUAUAUAUAUCAUUGGAAGUCAGAUCAUCUUAUUGGUAAGAUAUGGGCUGAUGCAUCAAGAGAUUUACAAAAGGCUUAUUGUCCUUAUAUAAAUAGCUAUGAUACAGCUAGUGAUGUAUUAAAACAAUGUAUUGCAAUGAAUGAAAAAUUCCAAGUGUUUUUAAAAUGUGUUGAAUCACGACCGGAAAUGAAAAGAAAUACUCUCAAAGAUCUUUUAAUUAGGCCUGUUCAAAGGUUACCAAGUGUAAUUCUGUUACUAAAACAAAUAUUGGCAAAAACAGAAAGAGGAAAUCCUGAUGUUCCAUUUUUGGAACAAGCUUUAAUAAUGAUGGAUAAUGUUGUAUCUGCAUCAAAUGAAUCUCGUCGUGUCACAGAAGGUUUUACAAAAACCCUUGAAAUUUGUAAUGAAAUUGAAGGAUUACCUCCAGAUGUCAUUGCCAGCUCACGUUUAUUUCAUAGUUCCUUAGAAUGUCAAUUAGUCGGUGCAUUUGGAAAUUUUUGGCAUAAAUAUAAAAAACAAACAAUUAAAUUUUUCUUAUUUAACGAUAUAUUUAUCUCUGCUAAAGUUAGGUCUCAUUGUCAACCACAAAAUCUCAAUAAUUCAUUUGCCACUAGUUCAACAUUAUCUAGGCAGUUUUCAUUUGCAAGUUUAAAAAAGCCUUCUACAAAACCAUACAGAUUUAUUAAUUUUCUACUAUUUCCCAAGAUAAGGGAAGUUCUUCAUUAUUCUGAUGACCAAUGUUCUGGUAUUUAUAUAUUAAAGAUGCGAUUGCAGCUUAGUGAUGAAUUUAUUGUAUUGAAGCCUGUUAAUGAUACGGUACCUCAUGCAAACCCAUCAUCUUUUUUUAAUCAAGUUUGCCAAUUAAUAACUCAGUCGUCCCGUGAAAUGCGAGUGGAAGAAAUUACUCCUCACGACCUAGAUCAAUUAUAUCAAUGUAAUCCAGAUGAAACUACUAUUAUUAGGAAAGCAAUAAAUCAUGUUAGCGCUGCAGCCGCCGUAGGAAAUCAGUCAAGUAAACGUCAUUCGAAUAUCAGAAGAGCUUUAUCGAAUGUCUCAUUUAAUCUUCAGAGUUCAUUACAAAGAUUUUCUUCUAAAGCAACUUUGAGUACUAUUCACUAA